UCCUGUCAUUACUUUGUGUGUCACAGGAAAUUGCUUGUUGGAUAAUUGUUGUAAUUCAUAAUCUAAAUCUAAUAAUAUGCGAUCUUUUUCAAAUGCAUCUCAUUUCCUGAUUUUUCACUGAACAAGCCAAAAUUACAGAAUGAAACUCCUCCUUUUCCUCAUCACCAUAGUUACAGUUGGAAGUCAUAAUCCGGAUGAGUGUCCAUUUAUGUGCACAUGCUCCAAAGACAAAAAAGUUAUUUGUAAAGGGCUAGAUAGAUUUCCAAUAGGUUUGCCAGACGAUAUGGUAGAUAUAGUUUUUGAUGUUUCAUCGUUCAGCAACUUCGGGAAAAAUAAUUUACAAACGUUUAAAAAUUUGAAAACGAUAAGUUUUAUUAAUUCAAAUUUUACAUAUAUACACACGUGUUCAAUAUCGGACUUGAGCAAUUUGACAAAACUAGAAUUUUCAAAUGUGAGGAUUGGUCAAAUUGUCACAAAUGGAUUUUCUCACCUUUCACAAAUAAAGGAAAUAGUAAUGAGAAAAGUGAUUGUCCAAAAACUGCAUGAAUACGCUUUCAAUGAUAUAAAACACGUGGACAAAUUUGUGAUGGACAAUUUCGAUGCUGCCAAUAUGGAGAACUUUGUAUUCCAUGAGUGGUCAAAUAUGAGACUUGUGCAGCUCAAAUCAAUCCAAGUAUUGAACAUGAAACCAAAACUCUUCCAGAAGUUUAAUGCAAUCGAUCAGUUUGAAAUUAUCAGAUGUACAUUUCCGUCUUCAAUGUGCGGGCUUAAAAACAUAUUACAAAAUCCAUCUGUAAAGAAAAUUAAGUUACAUCAAAAUGCAAUCGACUGUUCGUGUAAUACAACAUGGAUUUUUGAAGUGGGACGUAGUGCAAAAGAUUUUGAACUAGUGAAUAACACCUGCUCAUUGCACUCACCUUCACACUUAGCAAGAAAAGAAGUAUUAUCUGUUGACAAAAACCUUUACUGUAAGACAGACGAAGUUCCUACAUGUGGUGACGGAACACAUAAAACACGGAUACCAAGUUGUCAGAUGUCCUUGUUAGAUGAACCCAUCAUGCCGGGAGAAACUGUAGAAUAUCCCAAUCAAAGCCACAACACCGCCUCACAAACACACCACAUGCCUAUAUUGUGUGUUGUUAUGGUUCUUUUAGUUGCUUUAAAACUAAAAGGAUAAUUCAAUAAACAAAAUCUAACAAACAGUGUGCAAUAUUAUACUCUGACAAUAAAACUUUUGAAAGUCAGAAGAAUUGGAAUGGAGAGAGAAUAAACUUUGAAUAAAACAAAUAAUAUACAAUUGAUAUAGUACAGGAGCUUUAAUAAUCAAUCCAUACAUGUUUUAUGAUUCUGUUCAAUUAUAGUCAAUUAUCUGCUUUACAUUUACACUGUUAACCCUUCAGUAACAAUCAAUUAAAAAGUUUCCUGCUAAA